AUGACUACAGCUGCAAGACCAACAUUUGAACCGGCCAGGGGAGGCCGAGGAAAAGGGGAAGGUGAUUUAAGUGCACUGUCAAAGCAGUACUCGAGUCGAGAUCUCCCAGGUCACACAAAGAUCAAGUACAGGCAACCUACCCAGGAUGCUCCAGAGGAAGUGCGCACCCGUGACUUUCGCAGGGAGCUGGAGGAGAGGGAACGUGUCGCUGUGCGUGAGAAGGUCAGAGAAAGGGGACCAAGAGAGCACACCACAUCCUCCUCUUCCUCUUCUUCAUCAUCAAAGAGACCCAGACUGGAUCAAAUUCCUGCAGCUAAUCUUGAUGCAGAUGAUCCUCUUACUGAGGAAGAUGAGGAUGACUCAGGGGAGGAUAGCGAUGACGACGACACCGCAGCGCUUCUGGCAGAGUUAGAGAAGAUUAAAAAGGAACGGGCUGAAGAGCAAGAACGCAGGGAUCGGGAACAAAAGGCAGAGGAGGAGCGGAUCCGAAUGGAGAACAUAUUGAGCGGCAAUCCAUUGAUUAAUUUGGCAGGACAACAGCAGCAGCAGCAGCAACAACAACAGCAGCAACAACAACAGCAACAAAUGGCUCAGAAUCAGAACACGUUCAAAGUCAAGAGAAGGUGGGACGAUGAUGUGGUGUUCAAGAACUGCGCAAAAGGGUUGGACAAAGCACGCAAGGAGAAACGCUUCAUCAAUGAUACUCUGCGCUCAGAGUUUCACAAGAAAUUUAUGGAAAAAUAUGUGAAGUAA